GGGUCGGCCCGUCCGUCUAGUUUCCCCAGGCUUCGCUACCCCCGCCCCGCCCCUCAUAGUGGCGUUCUCGCCAUCUUGCGGCCCCCCUCCCCCAGCCUAGCUCAGUCACCUUUUCCCUUUCUACAGCCUCUGGCCCCCAACUCUCCUCCCCACCCCCACCCCCCCGCCCUUCGUGUCCCGGGGCCGCCGCCGCCGCAGACACCGCGCCAUCUCUGUCCCCUCUCAGUCUCCACGCGGGACGCGCAGCCGUGCCUCCACGUGUCUUAAGCAGAGAUGAAUAAUACUGCAGCUAGCCCGAUGUCUACUGCUACUUCAAGCAGCGGAAGAAACACGGGGAAAGCUAUAAGCUUCGCUGCGGAGUUGCAGAGCAUGAUGUUUUCUUUAGGUGAUGCUAGGAGGCCUCUCCAUGAAACAGCAGUUUUGGUAGAAGAUGUGGUUCAUACACAACUAAUUAACUUGUUGCAGCAAGCUGCAGAAGUCUCUCAGCUGCGGGGAGCAAGGGUGAUCUCUCCUGAAGAUCUUCUGUUCUUGAUGCGAAAAGAUAAGAAAAAACUUAGAAGACUUCUAAAAUACAUGUUCAUCCGAGACUACAAAUCGAAGAUCAUCAAAGGCAUUGACGAGGAUGACCUCCUAGAAGAAAAACUGAGUGGCAGCAGCAGUACAAACAAGAGACAGAAAGUUGCUCAGGACCUGAUAAACUCUAUUGAUCAGACAGGAGAACUUCUGGCAAUGUUUGAAGACAACGAACUUGAUGAUGUUAAACAGGAAAGAAUGGAGAGAGCGGAAAGACAGACUCGAACUAUGGAUUCAGCUCAAUAUGCAGAGUUCUGUGAAAGCCGACAGCUAAGUUUCUCCAAAAAAGCUUCUAAAUUUCGAGACUGGCUGGACUGUGGCAGCAUGGAGAUAAAGCCCAAUGUUAUAGCUAUGGAAAUUCUGGCAUAUUUGGCAUAUGAAACAGUGGCACAGUUGGUGGAUCUCGCUCUCCUUGUGAGGCAAGAUAUGGUUUCCAAGGCCGGGGAUCCCUUCAGCCAUGCCAUUUCUGCAACCUUCAUUCAGUAUCACAACUCUGCUGAGGUGUCCUGUUUGAAGUCCAGCCCAGACUCUCCUGAGAACACACCACCUCCUACGCCAACAGCUCCCUCUUCUGGAUCACAGCAUUCAGGGAGAGCCGCAUCCAGUUCCCUGGGGAAUGGAAACACAGGACAAGACUGUGCCAAAACCAAGCAGAGGAAGAGGAAAAAGAGCACCGCGGCCUGUGGUGUCGAGACUCACAGCGAUGCCAUCCAGCCCUGCCACAUCAGAGAAGCCAUUCGACGCUACGGCCACAAGAUUGGCCCUCUUUCCCCAUUCACAAGUGCCUACCGAAGGAGUGGGAUGGCUUUCCUGGCUUGCUGAGGGGACCAUGGCUGUGCCUGCUGCACAGAGAGGGAGUGGCACGCCGAGCUCAUUCUUCCCUGUUCCGGCUGAAAAUAAAAUAUAAAUUUACCUUCUCCUGCCCUA